AUGACGUCUACAUCACCAGCCAAAAGAAAACGUGUUAUACUGCGCUUGAGACCAAUUGCGUAUUCCCAAAAUGAUCUAGACACUCCACCUAAAGCCCCUACUUUAGAAGAAGAGGACAUCGUUAAUGGUAGGCCGUUCUACAGCACAGAUGAGGUGCCUUACGAUAAAAGAGGGUUCAAGUAUACGGCAUGUCGGCCAAACCCAUAUUUCAAGUCCACAAUGUACUCAACAACAGAUCUUCCUCCCUAUGGAGUUAGAUUAUCAUACUUUGAUAGGUGUCCAGAUCUAUUGAUCAAUAAGGAGAUGAAUGAAGCUACAGUGAUGAGAGGAUGGCGAAGUUGCAGGACAAACGUGGGAAUUAGAGAGGGAAAAUGGUAUUUUGAAUACAAGUUGGAGAAGUGCAACGAUGGAGAAAGCAAUGUAAGGUUUGGUAUUGGUCGAAAAGAGGCAAGUGUAGAGACUCCGGUAGGGUACGAUGGAUACGGAUACGGUUUUAGAGACGAACAUGGACAGAAGGUUCAUUUGAGUAAACCUACAAAGUUCCUGAAAGACGGAGAAGAGUUUCACAGCGGAGAUGUGGUUGGAUUGCUUGUAGAGUUACCGAAUAUGAAGAUACAGAUGGAUAUAGCCAAGCGACAGAUUAAGGAUAGAACGACGACCGAUCCGGCAGAGAAGGAAGCCGAAGAUGCUAAAAGAGAACAGAGUCCGGCCUCAGUUCUAGACGAACCAGAUUUCAGUCAGGUGGGUGUCAUUAGAGACGUUAUACCCAUCAAAUACAGAAAUCGAUUGUUCUUCGAGCAAUACGAAUACACUUCGUCCAAGCCUAUGGACCAUCUUUUGUAUCCGGUGACCGUCUUUGGGGAAAAAGCCGUGAGAGACAAGAAGAAAUUUAAGCCCGCACGACUUCCUGGGUCCAGGAUUACACUCUACAAGAACGGAGAGUGUAAGGGAGUGGCGUUUGAAGGCCUAUUUGCUUUUUUACCACCUUGUUCCGAGCAGAAGCAGCUCAAUAUCAACUUACAUCGGAAAUCUGACCAUUUCUACGUGGGUAGAGACGACGGCUCGCUUGGAUACUAUCCGAUGAUCAGUUGUUACGAUAAGGGAUCCGUCAAAAUCAAUACUGGUAGUCAGUUGGAGUGCGUACCUCCAGACCUAGAAUCCCAGAUAGAGAAGGGUGAAAUUAGAUUGUUAGCUAGCAGAUACAACGAGCAGGUAAUUGAAGGUUACGUCUACGAUCUUAUGGAUGAAACUAUCAACACAUAUUUGGACAGAGAGGAGGCCAGGCCAAAUCAAGAGAAGAAAGCAAGUCCGUUACCUAUUUAA